AUGAUUGAAGCUUCGCCAGAAUGCAAGUACUUCGGUCCAGAUAUCAAAUUUACAAUUCAAGCUUCUUGUGGACCUCUUCUCGAAAUGUGCGAGGACGGGGUGAUUCAGAUCAUCCACCACUCGCUCACAGAGUUCAUUCUCAAUUUCAAUGUGGAGCACAUUGGAAUGAACCAAAAAAGCAGAGAUUUUGCAAUAGUUGACUCUCAGGCCGUUCACAGGAAGAUUGCACGCACUUGCAUCAAUUACCUCACCAGUGGCUGCUUCAAGACGUGGCAAUUCGCCGAAUUUCGAGAUCACGAGCCAGAAGAGCGCCAAUCACUCUUCUUACAAUUUUACUUCCUUCGAUAUGCUAUUUUAGAGUGGCCAUUCCAUGUGGCCAAGGCAGGAGAUGACAGAGAACUCUUGGACAAGCUUGGUGAAUUCUGUCGGGAUGGAAAUCAUCACUACGAAGCGUGGAAUGACAUUUGGCGCGCCUGCCAAGGUGAAGACGUGCCCCGACACUGCUCGGCUCUCCAUGUUUCAGCAUAUACUGGACUAUAUACUUUGACUCAGUACCUCCUCUCUCAAGGAUCAGACCCAGACUCGAAAGACGAGGAUGGCCGCACACCCAUUGUGUAUGCUAUCAUGAAGGGUCGCCACGAGAUCGUGAGCCUUCUGUUGCGGAAUAACGCCAGUCACGAUGUCAAAGUCGAAACGUACCUACACCCCACGAAAAUUAAUUCUUUGAUUCACUAUGCGUGUAAGCUGAAACAUGUCCAAGCUCUAUGCGCGCUUCUUGACGGGGAUACGUGGUACAGCGGGUGGCCGCAAGCGUCGGUUCUAGGGCUCGCAUGUCAACAUGGACUUGUUGAGGUCGUCCGUGAGUUGAUGAAGCGCAUGGAUCCAGUCGAUCGUUGUUCAGACAAUCUCCACUUGGCUGCCAGGACAGGGAACGCCGAAACACUUGCAGCUUUGCUGGAAAAUGAACAUGUUCGAUUAUGCAUCAAUGAUCGCGACUCUGAUGGCAACACACCACUUUAUCUAGCUGCUCGCAAACGCAGUGCUCCGGCAAUUCGAGUCUUACUCGAUCAUGGUGCUGAUAUCACAGUUCGAUCUUUGAACAGCAAUAGGCCUCCGGAGCCUCCCACAGGCAAAGGCCCACGGAUCAACCUCAAUAUUUCUCCAAGCUACACACCUUUGCACGUCGAAGAGUUGCUCAAGCUUGGAGCAAAUGCGCAAGCAACUGGCUAUCGAGGAAAAUCUGCUCUGCAUUAUGCCUUUAAAUCAUUUCACAAGCACAGGUACCACUCGGAGGACUGCACUAUCGAUGUUCCUCGAUGCCUCGUCAAAGCCGGUGCCAAUGUACAAGCAGUCGAUCACGAAGGAAACACCGUAGUUCACGACCUGAUCGGCCAGGAGCUAUCCAAGGAGGAUUGUUGGAGUUGCAUCGAAAAGCGCGUCCGCGAGGCUAUCGAGCUUGGCGUACCUUAUCAACAGGCCAACUACAAAGGCAGAACUGCUUUGCACGUUGCAGCGGCCAUAGAAAAUGACCCCGGGUACGAUGGAUCGGCGAUGGCCAUGACCCGGUUGGAGUUCCUUCUUCAGCCAACCAUGCCCUUCGAUGCGAAUGAUAAAAACCAUGAUGGAGUCACUCCACUGCAUGUCGCCGCUUCUUUGUCCGAUACCAACUCUUUGAUUUUGAUUGAGCAUGGUGCGGAUAUCAAGGCCAAGGACCGUGAUGGUCGCAGUCCCCUUCAUUUUGCUGCCACGGCAGGACAAAGCAACGUCGUUGGCCUGCUGACGGAGAUCUACCGUGAGCGGUCCAUCAAUAUUGACCAUCAAUGUUCCGAGAGAAGAUCUGCUUUGCAUCAAGCCGCGCUAUCGGGCAGUUCAGAGGCCUUACGUCUUCUUCUCAAGGCUGGAGCGAAUCCAGUUUUGGCAGAUGAGCGUGGACGAACACCUUUGCGCGCUGCUGCUGAAUUUGAUUCAAAACGCAUGCUCAAAUAA